AUGUAUCUACGCGCUGUUCACGCUGAACUGAACAUCAAUGUGCUUCGCGACUUCAUCAGAGAAAACCCACUUGGCAUUCUCGUUACGGCUCUGCAGUCUCCGAACUUCCCCACUAUACAAUGCAGUCACAUUCCCUGGGUACUGGACGCAAUCAACGAGGACAAAGACACAGAGGUUGGAAAACUGCGCGGACACUUGGCGAGGGCAAAUCCUCAUUCCAAAGCCCUUGUUGAGGCGGUCAAAAGCUCGACGCACUCGAACGGCACUCUCGAGCAAGAGGUCUCCGUGCUCUUCACCGGCCCAGCCCACUCCUACGUCACGCCGAAAUUCUACGUCAAGACGAAGCCAGCCACUGGGAAGGUGGUGCCCACGUGGAACUACUCCGCAGUACAAGCAUAUGGCCGCGCGAAGAUCUUCUUCGAUUCCCGUGAUCCGGAUACAACCUCGUUCCUCCAGAAGCAGAUAAGCGACCUCACCGGACAAUCCGAGGAGCGUAUCAUGCAUCACACGGGCGGGGAGAAUCCGUCGGCCUGGCAAGUCAGCGAUGCACCGGCAACGUACAUCGACCUGCUCAAAAAGGCCAUCAUCGGAAUCGAGAUCGACAUUCACCGACUGGAGGGGAAGUUCAAAAUGAGUCAGGAGAUGGGCGAGGAAGAUCGCGAAGGAGUUAUUAGUGGAGGAGAGAGGGGCGAUGAAGAACGCGAAAAGUGUCUGAGCAGUCCAUGGCGGGAAAACAUCACACCUUGCGAGAACCCACUUUUUUGGAAUUUCAUCCUAACGCCACGUUAUAUCAUCGGCGUCUUGACCCACCCGGGCCAUCAGCCGUCUACACUCCGACGCAACAACCAACGGACGACGAAGCCGCCCCGCCACCGUACCAGGAGACGGAGCUUGCUGGACUCGGAGACUUCUGCCUUCGGCGCCAACGCCAAUGCCAAAGCGCGUCUGCGCGACUUUCUCACCCGCGUCCUCUCCCCCGACCACCGUCUCGGAACGCCCAACACACUGCCCAGUCACGAACGGCGCCACUGGAUCCGGCUCGCACGCAUCGAGAAGCAGCUUCGUGCGCGCGUUGAAAACAACUGGGACACUGCGUCCAGGGGAGAUGUCGUACACGUCGAGCACUUCCACCACUAUGUCGUCCAGCCGACUCUCGCCCUUGCGAUCCCACUGAUCUACACACAUGACUCUGCUCCGCUUGUUUCGUCUGACAGCUGCAAUGACCGGACGCGGCAUAUCCAUGCUCCACCGCUCGACCGCUUCACCCUCCGCGACCUCGACACCCUCGCGAACCGGCUCGUCCUCGAGCGCGACCUCGUCAUCGAUGCCGUGGCGCAGCGCUCGCGGCGGCGGGACGACUUGAUGUUUCGGAACGACGUCCUAGGUGCGAGGUGCUUUGGUCAGCUGGCUGGGCCGCACGGCCACGAGCUGUCGGUGUAUGGGCGGGGGGUUUCCGAUCUCGGGAGGGAUGCGUGGCGCAGGGCUGGGGAGCUCCGCCCGCCGCUUUUGCAACGGGCAAAGGUGGCCUUGGUCGUCAAUGUCAAGUAUUUUUUCCGAGGGUGGCUGUGCUGA